AUGGAAGAUUCCGAGUUGCUCAACAAGCCCAGACGCCUCAGCCUCAUCGACGUUUCUUGCGAGGACGAUUCCCUCAUCGACUCCUUCACCGGAGACUUCAAGUUCUCAGAUGACCAAGUCAACCGAAGUCUUGAGUUGUUUGGGGGCGCUGCUGCUAACAAGUUAGAUGCGGUUCCGGAAAACCUUGAGCUCAAUGAACAAGUUAUUCAACCUUCGGAGUCGCUGGAACCAGUCAUGACAAAGAAGAGGGGGAAGUAUAACUUGCGUGAAAGUAUAGCUUGGAACAGUGCUUUUCUCACUGGUCCAGGUGUUCUUGAUGCUGAGGAGCUGUCAAGCAUGAUUGAUGGAGAUAAGAGUGAAACAAGGAUGUUACCUGGGAUUCAGGAAGAAAUUUACAGGUCCACUGAUACAAUCUCCACCUUAGAAAGUGAUACUUUGACGCUCGAAAGUGUUGAGGCCAAUUUGUUUGAAGAUGUAAGAGCUUCAAUCCAGAGAUCUAGCAAUGCAUCAAAAGAAGCGGAUGAAAAUAUUAAAGUGGGUUCAGGAGUUGUUGAAGAAGACAGGAGUACCUGUGCUUCAAAGGGGCUGGAUUUUGCUUCUCAAGAUAAGGCAAGGCGUAGGCCUGCUUUCAAGAAGACAAGCAUUGAUGUACAGAAACCAGGGAUAUUGAAACAGCAGGCUUCUAGAUGCCCACAAGUAUCACAGUCUGUUUCCACAAGUGGAGGGUCAAGCAAAUCUUUUUUGAAGCGACCAAAGGUAUUAGGGAAUCCUAAUCCUAGCUCAGCAGCUUUAACCAAGAGAGCUUCUACGGGUGGUGCCCUUGUCAAAGUUGAAAAGGAUACUGUCAAAAGCACAACUGGUAGAGGGGCUCCAGUGUCAAAAGCACCAUUAAGUUCCCGAAUUGUGCCCCAGCCCAGACCAUCAACUAAGAGUUCCCACUUGGGUGCUUCUCCUGCAACCAGGAGAGAAGUAACUUCUUCCUCAAUUGAUAGUUCUGGCAGUACUGCAUCCAGCAGCAUUAGUAAAUCUCCCUUCAACUCCAGAAGAAAAACUGAUUCACCAUCCUCUGGUUCAACCUUCAAAACAUCACCUCGAAUUGAACCGAGGAAUAAAAGUCAGUCUGGGAAACCUCAUCUCUCGUCUAAUAUGAUUCCUGUGACCAAGCUGCUCUCUAACAUAUCACCUGCCGCCUCUGUCAGUGAAUGGUCCUCAGAGUCAUCAAGAGCUAGCCUCGACACGAUCUCUCUUAAAAGUGGCUCUGUAGAUUUUGACGCACCUCUGAUCUUGGAUUUGCAGAACCAUGGUAAGGAUCUAAGCACAGUUGGACAUGAGACUCAGGCAACUGGACUGCUCCGUAGAUCCGUGGUGAAUGCCCCUAUGGAGAGAAAUGGUGCACCUCCUCCAACUUCUAAACCUUCUGGACUGCGAUUGCCAUCACCAAAAAUUGGUUUCUUUGAUGGGGUGAAGUCAGCUGGAUCCACUCCCAAUGGAAGUAAGCAACCUCAUCCUCUUGUUCCUAGUAGUUCGCCUAAAUAUGGGACAAGAACUGUUAGCUUGAGUGGGGGCCAAAGCAAGGGAAAGCUGGGAAAACUUCAACCUGCUAGAACUGUGAUGAAGGAAGGCAGUAAAAAACCCGAUACUCAACAGACGGCUUCUAAUAUGAAACCUACAUCUUCAGUGCCUGUUCAGCAUUCAUUAAAUGCUGCAAAGAAAAUCCUGACUCCUUCAAGGAAGAGCAUAUCUCCCAAAGUUGAUAGUAAAGUACAUCCUAAAUCUGGCACAGAAAAUCAGUUGAAGGAUGAGAAAAAGGGAACUGAAGAACAUAGAAUUGACAUCAAGGAGCAACAGAACGGUUUUGCAGAGAAGAAAACUAUCACUGCUAUUUCAGAAGAUCAAGUGAAUCCAGGACUGAAGGGUAGUCCUGUAAAGGCUGCAAAAGUCACACCUAUUGCAGAGAAGAAAACUAUCACUGCUAUUUCAGAAGAUCAAGUGAAUCCAGGACUGAAGGGUAGUCCUGUAAAGGCUGCAAAAGUCACUCCUAUCGAUGGAGAGUCUACUAGUCUUUGUGAGUCAAUCUCCACUUCUGAUGCUGACGUAAUAAUUGCUUUUGAGGAAGUAGGCAAAGUUGCAGCAUUGGAACCGCAAAGUGUGAAGCACGAUUCUGAUAGCUUGAAUGUCUUCAAGGAGAGGAAAGAAUCGCAAAUUGAAGAGCAGGUUCAUGACUUGAGCAGACAAGUUGGAGCUUUGGACAUCAGCACAGAGGCUCAGCAAAUGCUUGUUGGUGAGUCUCUUUCCUCUACUCAAUUUCAGCAGUGAAGAUAUAGCCAUGGAGUAGUGCAAAUGUGCAGAAGCUAUAAAUUACUUAUAUAGGAUUCAGAUGGAUGAAGUCCUUCCAUAAAAUUUCCAGAUGUUGAUGUUACCAUCUUGUCUCCUGAUGGAGCAUGGUUAAUGGCAUGCAUGAAGUUGGACU